AAUAAAAUUUCUCCAAAAUCAGCCCCCACUAAUUAUACUUUGACAGGUAUUCUUUCCCACUCGACCCUUCUUUUCCUUUGUUCGUAAAAGAGUUUUCUUGGAGAAGGGUUCUUUUUCCUUACUUUGCUUGCUUCCUAACAUGGCUGCUUCAAGAUGGAUCAGGCCUGAGGUAUUUCCUCUGUUUGCAUCUGUUGGUGUUGCUGUUGGCAUUUGUGGGAUGCAACUUGUCAGGAAUAUCUGCACUAAUCCUGAAGUUAGGGUGACCAAAGAGAACAGAGCUGCUGGAGUGCUCGACAACUUUGCAGAAGGUGAGAGAUAUAAAGAACAUGGCUUAAGGAAGUUUGUCCGCAAUAGGUCUCCUCAGAUCAUGCCAUCGCUCAAUGGCUUCUUCUCGGAGCCUGAUCUUCCAAGUUCUAACUAGAAUAAGUCCCACUUUAUAACUACUCAAUUCAGGCUUUCAAACUUUAAAGUUUUUCAUUUGGAGAAAUAGGACAUAAUUUUUUUUGUUUAUCCAUUUAAUGGGCAUGAAGCAAUACUGCAAUUGCAAGUUAUUGGAGUUUUUGAUACAUGGAUCAAACAGUAUUCGUUUUAUUGAAUAAUAAAGUUCAAACUCUAUUUCUCUCUC